UUUGAACUUUGGUUUUACUCGGAAGACAAGAGAAAGAACGUGAAAGAAAAUGCAAGAAGAAGAAAAUCUCAAGCAGAGAAAUCUCAAUCGUCUCUGCUUUUUCAGUACUAGAGAAUAGAGAUCGAAAAUUUUGAUUCUUUCGUUUAUUGGGUUUGUAGAUUGUAGAUUUUCAUUUGUGUGUUCAAACAAAAUGGCGAAAACUGGAGCAAUUGAGACAGAUCCAGCAGCAGUGGCUAAGGCGUCGGAGUUAAAGAAGGAGCUCCGAAGGCUCUUGAAGAAAAUUGUAGACGAAGAUGACUCGAUGAUGGAUACUUUCGAUCGAGCCAAUAAAGCCCUUUCGGCGUUUAAGGAUUUGAAGUUCAAGAGACCACACUCUCUCAAACUCGACGGCACACUCUCUUGUCCUGACCAAUUUCGUUGCCCUCUCUCUAAAGAGCUCAUGGGUGAUCCUGUCAUCUUGGCUACAGGACAGACAUAUGAUCGACCCUUCAUCCAGAAGUGGCUAAAGGCAGGGAACAGGACUUGUCCUCAAACCCAACAGGUCCUCUCACAUACACUGCUCACACCCAAUUAUCUUGUCCGGGACAUGAUCUUGCAGUGGUGCAACAAUCAGGGAAUCGAGCUGUCAUGCUCUGUCCAAGACAGUGAAGAUGAAGGGAUCACACAAACAGACCGGCAACAUUUUGAAUCUUUGCUUGAAAAGAUGUUAUCCCAAUCUAUUUCGGAGCAGAAAGUGGCUGCUAAAGAGCUAAGGCUUCUGACCAAGAGAAUGCCCUCCUUCCGUGCCUUAUUCGGCGAGUCUGCAGAUUCCAUUCCCCACUUGCUCUCCCCGCUCUCACCGGGCGAGGUCAAUAUUCAUCCUGAUCUUCAAGAAGAUUUGAUUACAACUGUCCUGAACCUCUCAAUCCAUGACAGUAAUAAGAAGCUUGUCGCCGAGACUCCAGGGGUCCUUCCUCUGCUUAUUGAUUCCUUGAAGUUUGGCACCAUUGAGACAAGGACCAAUGCAGCUGCUGCCAUCUUUACAUUAUCAGCUCUUGAUUCCAACAAGACAAUUAUAGGCAAGGCAGGGGCUAUUAAACCCCUAAUUGACCUCUUAGAUGAGGGCCACCCAUUGGCCAUGAAGGAUGUUGCUUCAGCAAUUUUCAACCUCUGUAUCAUCCAUGAGAACAAGGCAAGAGCUGUCCGUGAUGGGGCAGUUGUCGUGAUCACGCACAAGAUCAUUGAGCGUGUUCUUGUUGAUGAGUUGUUGACCAUCCUUGCAAUGCUUUCGAGCCAUCAAAGGGCCAUUGAGGAAAUGGGUGUUUAUGGGGCUGUCCCUUGCUUGCUCAGCAUCAUUAGGGAGACUACGUGCGGGCGCAACAAGGAGAACUGUAUUGCGAUCCUAUACAAUAUCUGUUUCAAUGACCGGACCAAAUGGAAAGAGAUGAGGGAAGAUGAGGAUGCCAAUGGCACGAUCACUGAGCUUGCAGGGAAUGGGACCUCAAGGGCUAAGAGGAAGGCAAGUGCUAUACUGGAGAGAUUCAAUAGGAUUGCUUUGAUUACACAUACCGCAUGAUGGAUUCUCUAUACUUGACACUGCCAAAUAAUCUCUGUAAAUACUGUUUCUUGUUUCAUCCAUCCCUUUGCUCAUGGGUCAUAUCUACCUCCCUGUAUAAAGUCAAAUUCCCUUACAUGUUCCAUAUACAUAGCCCAACCAUCAGUUCUCCUUUCACAUUGGACCAGGUGUAUCUAAUGCUUAUAGAUAACAAAUGGUACUAAGCGAGUUCUCAUCUUUCA